AUAGUAAAAUGAAGAUUAGCUACAGUAUUCUAAGCUUCAAAUACGAAGAUUAUGUGGUAAAAUUUCAAGAUUGUAAAUGUCUGUGUAAUUAGUAAAAGCUCUACAUUGGCGAUGUCUCCUCCCACCUCGUACCUCUUGCUGACGGCUGACUUGUUUGCUCUGGGGUUUAAUAUUUAGCUCACUCUGAAGCAUUUUCCAACCACUUCGCCAGCUGUGUUUUUAGAACUGUAAACACAAAGAGCAUUUAAAGUACAGGCUUGGUUAGGGAUAUGUUGUUGGUGAGCGCUUGAAGAGAAUUUCUUUUUAAAAACAAAUAAUUGUUCCAUUACAGUUUUUGUAUGUGCAGAAGAAUUGUUAGAGUGUUUAGUUCUCCACAUGUAUCAAUAGUUACUCUUUUAAUUAUCAGUUUGAUGAACGUCUGAAAAGAAAUGGGUCCUCGUACAGCAGACAGUGCUUCUAAGAAUGAAAAACCCACUAAGAGUGAGAGCUGUGUUGGUCCAGCAAGACCCAGGCUAAGAAGCAGCAGCGAUGGAAGCAUUUACACCAGAAGAACAGUUGGUGGCCGCAUUUCUUUCUCUUCCCUCACACUCUCUAACCCUAAAUCAGUCCUGAGAAGACCAGUGAGCACAGAGGAACUGCAAACACCAGGCGGCCCCUACAUUAAGAAAAUAUUCACGAUUGUUGGUGAUGCAGUGGGAUGGGGGUUUGUGGUUAGAGGAAAGCAGCCAUGUUACAUUCAGGCUGUGGAGCCCUUUGGUCCAGCUGCUGCUGCUGGGAUGAAGGUACGACAGUUUGUGGUCUCAGUGAAUGGUCUUAAUGUUCUCAAUCUGGACUACAGGACAGUCAGCCACCUGAUCCUCACUGGACCCAGAACUGUAGUGAUGGAGGUGAUGGAGGAAAGAGACCACUGGGGAGAAGAAGAAAUGCAAUUUACUCAAGAAUCAAACUAGAGAAUAGUUACCAUGUGUUGAGAGGCAGGAUAGGUUCUUUGAAGAUUGCAGUUUUGAAUCGACUUUGUAGUGCAGUAUUUUAACAGAAACACAUGGGAUCUUGUGUUCUGAAAAUGAUAAAAUUCAGUUUUAGAUGAACACAUCGGCCAAUUCAUAACUGACCAACAACCUGCUCAAAAACAAGAUUUCUAGAGUUCCAGAAGAAAUAAAUGGCUAAAAUUAAGGCAAAAGACUAUUAGACUAAAGUACAUAGGUGUCAUGAUUUAGUACAAGAGUUCAAAUAUUGUCAUUUAUGGCAUGAAGAAUUGGUACAAUGUUUAAAUUCAAGCUUUAGAAUUGUUGGAAAGAGUUCUGCAGAAGAAUGAAAUGCAUUGUAUUUCACUGGCAGCUAAAAGGCUAUCAGAAUAUCUGAAACAAGAAAUAGCUCAUAUGUCUUUAAAUGGGUUGAAAAUGUUAAAAUAAAUCAAUCAAGUUUAUUUGCAUAACACAUCUCAGCUACGAAGCAGAUCAAACUGCUUUAUAUCAUGAAAACAUAAAAACAUAAGAAGCACCCCGAUUUUGAGUGACUUUUUCAGAUUAUCUAAGGUGUCUGGCAAAAAGACAUCUGUGUCUGAAAAAAAUUUGAACAAUAGAGGAAAAUAUAUAUGAAUGCCUCAGCAAAAAUGUAUUGUUUUAAAACUAGAAGUGCUCCAAUUGAAAAUUGGUUAUUUAAAAGCUUGUAAAGCGCCUUAAACGUGUCCUAUAAAGUCACAUUGGGUUGUUAGGGAAAAUUCAGAAAUAAUUCCACCUAUCUUGUGUUUCCCUUUUCAACAUACCAGCAUAUGUGUGCCUUAUAAGCCUAUUUCACCUCCUUGCAACAUUUAGACAACCCAUCUGAGCCAACACACAGCACAGCAUUUAUGGUUGCAAUUAUCAUUUGAGUAUCUUGGAGUUUAAGUCAGGAUAUAUCUGAUGUGUCAUUUGACCUAAAUAGUUUUUAAAUCUGAUUGAAUUUGGUUCCUCAUAAUUUCUACCUAUUAAAUGCUAACCUCAGUGUCCAUGGGAGAAUAUAUUGAAAACAUAUUCUGGAAUUGAUUGUGCUGUUCUCAUUCCUUUUCUGAGGUUACUUGGACUUUAAACUCUGCCACUUUACUGCCUGUCUGUUCACAAACCCAGUAUCAACAGAAGGAACAUUUCCACUGACCUGCUCACACAAAAACAUGUCUGGUCACAAAAAAACACCCUUCUAAGACCUCCCCUGAUUGUGUUUGUCUUUCCAUCCACACCAUUCUGAUUCCCAGAAAGGAAAUAGGAAGUGUGUAGUUGAAGUGUGAGGCAGAUAAACAACUUAACAAAAAUAAAGAUUGUGACUCACGAUUAGCUUUAAAGUAUUUUUGUACAGUCUACCAUUCUAUUUACAUUGUAUACCUCUAUAUCUGUUUUUAUUAUGUAGUUUUUUGUUUUGUGGCACUUUUUCUGCAUUAAUAUGAAUGCUUUACAAGGAUUUGAUUCCAUAGCCUCUGUGAAUGUCUUUAUUCCACUUUUGUGUUUUAUUAUAGAGACAAUGCAAAGAAUUAGUUUUGAAACGUGUAAGAUAACAAAUUUUCUUCAUGAAUAUUGUUAUUCUACAUGAAUAUCUUUUCUUUUUUUUUUCCUAAACAUAUUUGCAGAUUUUUAAGUAAGUAGAAAUCCCUUUUAAACUCAACUGUUUAAAUUAUUAGUUUUUAUUUAAAAACAUUGUCUUUAUUUUUUUUUUCACAUUUUGUGUUGAAAAUGUGAAAAACAAUAAAAUACUCUUCAUUGUCACAGACAUUAUCCUCAAACAUGAUGGCAAUAUACAUAAAUGCUAAAGAUUAACAUACAUUCAUGUAAUCUUGUUCAAUUAAAUAACCUUUAUUAUUUAAUUUGUAACAAAUAAAAUUGGCUAUGCUGUACUACCAGAAGGUGGCAGUAUGGCCUAAAUUGUGCAUGACGAGUCCCAUCAUUUUUGUUUUUGGUAAAGAAAUGUCCCUCAUGUAAGCUUGUGAACAUUAGCAUAAACUAUAAUAACAAUACUAAUACAAAAAAAACAGGGAGUAAACCCUGCUAGCAACCAAAUUCCAACACACAUUUCUAUAUUUGAUUUAAUGUAAUCCAAUUCAAUUACAUUUUUCAACCAAAUUACAUUGUGAAAUCAUCCCUCAGAGAGAAUUGUUUUUGUUUUUUAUUGAUCUUACAGGUUCCAUUAAUAAGACCUUGUAGAUAACUCUUAUUGAGUCAUGUUCGUAAUAUUGAGAUUGUACAGUUAUUUUUGUUUGUUUGUUUGUUUUUGGUUUUUUUAUUGAUUUAUUUGUCUAUUUAUACUCUUCAUUUCAUGUCUGGUAGUCCUUUUAAAAAACUAGAUGCAUGUGUUCAUUAUAACCUUUUGUGUCCAGUGAAAAGCAUGACAACUGAUUUCCUUAAAACAAAAAGGUCAACAAAAAGUAACAAAGAGCACCAAAAGCUUUAUCUCUGACAUUUCUGGAUGCCCCAUUUUUAACUCAGGGUGUGACACCAGUAGUAUUUAGGGAAAUGAGUGUAAAUGUUGGCUUUGUUCCUGAACUGUUGAACUCUGUCCAGAAGCUUUCAGUGUUUGGAAGAAUGACAGAAAAAGAGUAAAAUUACAGUCAUUACUUACAUUCUCUCCUGUCAGCAAGGAAACCUCUCAGAGAUUGAUGAGUAUCUAUCAGCUGAUGAAAAAAAGGUAAAACACUUUCAUGAAUAAAGGGAAUGUAAAUUGUUGAAAAAGG